AUGGCAUAUAACCCAGAACCACUAGCAGAGACCCCCGCGGUCAAGUUCAAGGGACAGGACUUUAGGUCCUUACGGGACCAUUGCCUAAGCUUGGGUCAACUGUUUGUAGAUGAAACAUUCCCUGCUGAGGCUUCUUCCAUCGGCCAGAAGCUGCUCCAGGGGAAAAAACUUUCAAAGCUGGAGUGGAAGCGGCCACAGGAUUUAACAAAGGGUCCCCCUUACUUCAUCCUGGAAGGUGCGAGCAGAUUUGACAUCCAACAAGGAAGAGCAGGAGACUGCUGGUUCCUGGCAGCACUGGGCUCCCUGACCCAGAACCCACAAUGUCUGCGGAAGAUCCUAAUGGACCAAAGCUACUCACACCAGUAUGCAGGGAUUUUCCAGUUCCAGUUCUGGCAGUGUGGCCGGUGGGUAGAAGUGGUGAUUGAUGACCGCUUGCCUGUCAUAGGAAAGAACUUUCUCUUUGUGCAUCCUCGAAGAGACAACCAGGAGUUCUGGCCCUGUCUGAUGGAGAAAGCCUAUGCCAAGCUUCUUGGCUCCUACUCACAUCUGCACUACGGUUACCUCCCUGAUGCCCUGGUGGACCUCACAGGAGGAGUGGUCACUACGGUCAACCUGUACUCCUCCCCUUCUGAUCUACUGAUGGCUGUGAAGACAGCAGUCAAGGCGGGCUCCCUGGUGGCUUGUGCCACCCCAAAAGGGCUGACAGAUGAGGCCGAGGUGAUGGAGAAUGGGCUGGUGAGCCAGCACGCCUAUACAGUGACUGGGGCUGAGCAGAUUCAGUACCAGAAGGGCUGGGAAAAAAUCAUCCGCCUGUGGAACCCCUGGGGCAAUACGGAAUGGAAAGGGCGCUGGAGAGAUGGGUCCCAGGAAUGGGAAGAAACCCAUGACCCACGGAAAAGCCAGCUGUAUAAGAACAAGGACAAUGGCGAGUUUUGGAUGUCAUGUGAAGAUUUCCAAGAGAACUUCUCCUGCCUGUUCAUAUGUAACCAAAUCCCAAUUACCCUAGACCAUGGAGUCACAGCCAAUGAAACAUGGUGCCAAAUGAUAUUUAAGAACCAAGUGAUCUCAGGAAGCCCUGGAGGAGGACCUGGGAGGGAUGCUCAGUAUCUCUUUGGUGUUCAAGAGCUCACUGAAGGCAGCAAUGCUGUUGUGGCCUUCACAAUCAUGUCACAAAGCUUGAAGGCAGAAGAUGAGACAUUUCCACUAUACUUCCAAGUGAUCCUAGCAUAUUUCCAGGAGUUCCAGGAGAGAUUGCCACCCACAUUUUUCUCCCCAUUUAGAAAUGCUGCCCAGGGCAUAGACUAUGAAACCAAGUGCAACUUCACCAAGUCCUUCCACCUGAGCCCCGGGACCUAUGUGGUGGUCCCCUCAGCUCGCCAAAAAGAAGUUGAGUUCUUGCUCCGAAUAUUCUUGAAGAUGCCAGACAGGGACAGGAAUUCAAGCAACACUUUCAACCUAAGAGCUCUCAAGGGAAGUCUUUCAGAAAAUGAUUCCCACCAAAGCAUUUUCUACAGAUAUGCUGAGCAGGGACCGGACAUUGAUGCCACCCAGCUUCAGAAUCUUCUCAAUCAGGAACUCCUGAAAGGGCCUCCAGGGAACACUUUCUCCUUGGACCAGUGCCAGAGCAUUGUGGCUCUGAUGGACCUGAAAGUGGAUGGGCGGCUGGACCAGGAUGAGUUUGGAAGACUAUGGCGUCGUCUUGUCCACUGCCAGCAUGUUUUCCAGAAUAUCCAAAGGAGCCCUGGAGUCUUCCUGAGCUCGGACUUGUGGAAAGCCAUAAAAAGUACAGAUUUCCUUACAGGGGUUUUCAUCAGCAAUGAACUGCUGGGUCUCAUGACACUCCGAUACGGUGAUAGCUCUGGCCAGAUUAGCUUCCCCAGUCUUGCCUGCUUCCUGAUGCGUCUGGAAACCAUGGCCAAGGCAUUCCGCAACCUCUCCAAGGAUGGCGAAGGACUCUACCUGACAGAAAUGGAGUGGAUGAACCUAGUCAUGUACAGCUGA